AUGAACGUGAUCAAACUUCAAAGGAAGUACCCUCAAUUCGAGCAGGGCGAUAUUUUCUCUCUCCAGGAUGCAUUCAGAAAGUUAGAUUUGGACGACAAGGGCUAUUUGGACGAGGCCACUGUCAUUAAGGCCACGCAACAGUCAGAGCGUCAACCCUACGAUGUCGUGCGCCAGGCAUUGAAGGAGGUUGAGCUUGACAGCUCUCGCCGCGUGGAGCUUGACGACUACGUUGAUCUCAUUGCCAAACUUCGUUCUGGUUCGGCGCAAAGCGCGCCUGUCCGGGACCCUGUUUCUGCAGCCGCACCCGGAGCUCCCCGGCAUGUCUCAAAAGGGAGCGUUGGAGGUAGAAUCCAUGUCCAAGGGUCUUCCUCAAACGUAACGCAUACAAUCAACGAAGAUGAGAGGACCGAAUUCACGAGGCAUAUCAACGCCGUCCUUGCAGGCGAUCCAGAUAUUGGGAGCCUCCUACCCUUCCCUACCGAUACCUUUGAGAUGUUCGAUAAGUGCAAGGAUGGUCUGGUCCUCGCCAAGUUGAUCAACGACAGUGUCCCUGAUACAAUUGAUGAGCGCGUAUUGAAUAAGGCCGGCAAGAAAAUCAGAGAAUUAAACGCAUUCCAUAUGACCGAGAACAACAACAUAGUUAUCAACUCUGCUAAGGGAAUCGGGUGCUCGGUUGUGAACAUUGGAAGCGGCGACAUCAUAGAAGUGCGCGAGCACCUUAUCCUUGGCCUGAUUUGGCAGAUCAUCCGCCGUGGACUCCUGGGCAAAAUUGACAUCAAGCUCCAUCCUGAGCUCUACCGGCUUUUGGAGGAAGAUGAGACGCUUGAGCAAUUCCUCCGCCUUCCUCCGGAGCAGAUUCUGCUUCGGUGGUUCAAUUACCAUUUGAAGAACGCGCAGUGGCCUCGAAGGGUCACCAACUUCUCAACCGAUGUAAAAGACGGCGAAAACUACACCGUGCUACUCAAUCAGCUGGCACCCGAACACUGCUCACGACAACCGCUCCAGACCAGGGAUCUCUUGCAACGUGCAGAGGAAGUCUUGACCAAUGCGGAUAAGGUUAAUUGUCGCAAAUUCCUGACACCAACCUCGCUAGUCGCAGGAAACCCUAAGCUCAACCUUGCGUUUGUCGCGAACCUGUUCAACACCAUUCCAGGACUUGACCCGAUUACCGAGGAGGAGAAGCUCGAGGUUGAGGACUUUGAUGCAGAAGGAGAACGAGAGGCUAGAGUCUUCACUCUGUGGUUGAACUCACUCGACGUGCAGCCUGCCGUCAACUCGUUGUUUGAUGACCUGCGCGAUGGCACGAUUCUGAUGCAGGCCUACGACAAAGUCAUCCCCGGGAGUGUCAAUUGGAGACAUGUCAACAAACCCCCAGCCUCGGGGCAGGAGAUGAUGCGGUUCAAGGCAGUUGAGAACACCAAUUAUGCUAUCGAGCUUGGUAAGCACCAUGGUUUCUCACUAGUGGGUGUACAGGGAGCAGACAUUACAGACGGUCAAAGGACCCUUACACUGGGACUGGUAUGGCAGUUGAUGAGGCGAGAUAUCACCAAUACACUUUCAAGCCUGGCGAGCCGAUUGGGCAAGCGCGAAAUUACAGACUCUGAAAUGAUCAAGUGGGCCAAUGAUAUGUCACGCAAAGGUGGCCGGGGAUCUUCCAUACGCAGUUUCAAGGACCAGUCAAUCGGAUCUGGUGUGUUCCUCCUGGACGUUCUCAGCGGCAUCAAGGCCUCCUACGUCGAUUAUGAUCUUGUUACGCCUGGUCAAACCGAUGAACAGGCGUAUGCGAAUGCUAAACUUAGCAUCAGUAUUGCACGCAAAUUGGGUGCAACCAUCUGGCUGGUUCCUGAGGAUAUCUGCCAGGUCCGGUCUCGUCUUGUUACUACGUUCAUUGGCUCUCUCAUGGCUACGUAUGAAAAAAUGCAAUAG